UGGUGAUGGGUUGCCCGGCGGUCGCCUGGUAACCGGCCGCGGAGGUCCUGGCUGCGCUAGCGCAGGCCGCGGAGGUCUGUGGGCCGGAGCUGACGCUGGGCUCUUUCUGUCUGUUCCGCGAUGGCAGCGGCAGUGGUCACGCCGUCGGGUUUGGAGGAUGGGGUGUCUCGGUCCCGCGGCGACGGGGCAGGGGAGGUGGUCGUGGAACGGGGCCCCGGCGCGGCCUACCACAUGUUCGUGGUGAUGGAGGACCUGGUGGAGAAGCUGAAGUUGCUCCGCUAUGAGGAGGAUCUCCUCCGGAAAAACAACCUGAAGCCCCCGUCCAGACACUAUUUUGCACUGCCUACCAAUCCUGGGGAACAGUUCUACAUGUUUUGCACUCUUGCUGCUUGGUUGAUUAAUAAAGCAGGACACCCCUUUGAGCAGCCUCAAGAAUAUGAUGACCCUAAUGCAACAAUCUCUAACAUAUUAUCUGAACUUCGAUCAUUCGGGAGAACUGCAGAUUUUCCUCCUUCAAAAUUAAAAUCGGGUUAUGGAGCGCAUGUAUGCUAUGUUCUUGACUGUUUAGCUGAAGAAGCAUUAAAAUAUAUUGGUUUCACUUGGAAAAGACCAACAUACCCAGUGGAAGAAUUAGAAGAAGAAACUGUUGCAGAAGAUGAUGCAGAAUUAACAUUAAAUAAAGUGGAUGAAGAAUUUGUGGAAGAGGAGACAGACAAUGAAGAAAACUUUAUUGAUCUCAGCGUUUUGAAGGCCCAGACCUAUCGCUUGGAUAUGAACGAGUCUGCCAAACAAGAAGAUAUUUUGGAAUCCACAACAGAUGCUGCAGAAUGGAGUCUAGAAGUGGAACGUGUACUACCACAACUGAAAGUCACGAUCAGGACUGACAAUAAGGAUUGGAGAAUCCAUGUUGACCAAAUGCACCAACACAAAAGUGGAAUUGAAUCUGCUCUAAAGGAGACCAAGGGAUUUUUGGACAAACUUCAUAAUGAAAUUAGCAGGACUCUGGAGAAGAUUGGCAGCCGAGAAAAGUACAUCAACAAUCAGCUUCAGCACUUGAUUCAGGAAUAUCGUGCAGCUCAAGCCCAGCUGAGUGAGGCAAGGGAGCGUUACCAGCAGGGAAACGGCGGAGUAACUGAAAGGACCAGACUCCUGUCUGAGGUUACAGAAGAGCUAGAAAAGGUAAAACAAGAAAUGGAAGAAAAAGGCAGCAGUAUGACUGAUGGUGCUCCUUUGGUGAAGAUUAAACAGAGCUUAACGAAGCUGAAGCAAGAAACUAUUCAGAUGGACAUUAGAAUCGGUGUUGUGGAACACACAUUACUCCAGUCAAAAUUGAAGGAGAAGUCCAACAUGACCAGGGACAUGCAUGCCACAAUCAUUCCAGAAUCUGCAAUAGGCUCUUAUUAAAACAUAUCAUUUUUCAUGCUUCUGAUUAGUUGGUUUUUUUAAUAUCAAAUCAUAUUUCAUGUUGCAUAGACUUCAAAACACAGUUACUCCUUUUAAAGCAUGUUGAACGGGUAUUUUUUACAUAUAUACACACAUAUUGUAUGUGUGUAUACGUACAAUGAUGAUUAUGGAUGGUCAAAGCCUUUCAAUUGAAUAUAAUAAAGUAAUGAAAAAUU